UCAUUCAGUCAUCGUUAAUAUAAUAUAAAACGGGCAACUGUUCCGGGAUGUUCUAUCAUUACGAAAUAACACCGACAUAGCGAUGGAGUUAAAACUGCUGGCGUUAGCUUAUUGUUGCGUUGGAUUUGUUACGAGUCAGGUCGCUCCUCGACGCGACGAUACGUGGCCACCGCAAGAACUAAUCAAAUUCUUUAAGCCAAUACAUGAAAAAUGUGUUAAAGAAAUUGGUGUUUCCAAAGAGGCCAUAAACACGUUUAGUGAUGGUGAAAUCCAUGAAGAUGAAAAAUUGAAAUGCUACAUGAACUGUGUGUUCCAUGAGGCCCAUGUCGUUGAUGAUGAUGGUGAACUACAUUUAGAGAAAUUGGUUGAAGGCAUUGAGUUGUUCGGAGAGGAAAUUGAGAAAAUAUUUCUGAAUAUGGGAAAGAGGUGCAUGAAGACGCAAGGGGCUACACAAUGCGAAAGAGCGUUUUGGUAUCACAAAUGUUGGAAGACUGCCGAUCCAAAGCAUUACUUUCUCAUUUGAAAACAAUGGAACGCUUGCCAUAGAUUUAUUCGAUUAACGAGUCCCUUGAGCUGGGAAUUAACGUUUCAUAUUUUCGAGAUGAAAUAAAAUAAAAUGAUGACCCAAACAGGACGUAAGGUGGA